GCGAAGACUAGGAGAAUCACCAUUUUCUGGAACAUAUAGCACAACUGUCUUCUUAAGCUUUCCGCUGAACAUUCAAUGUGAGAAACUGCCUAAAUCCUUCAAGCUCGGAGCACCAUUUAGAUACUGAAAAGCCUGGAGGGGUUCUUGUUCCUUCAUGCUUUACAAUGGAGGCCCUCAUUUCUGCAGUGCUUGGUGAUAUUGUGAGCAGAGCCAUAUCCGUGGUGGUCAAGAAGUGCCGCGAGCAGACGACCGCUAAUGAGGAGACAACCAUCAAGGAUAACCUGCAGAGGCUACACCAACUGCUUCUGAGGAUAUCAGCGGUCGUCGAGGAGGCUGAGGGGCGGUGCAUCACAAACCAAGGGAUGAUCCGUCAGGUUAGCAUGAUGAUAAAACAAAUGUUCAGAGGGUACUACCUUCUCGACUCCUUCAAGUGCAGAAACAACAAGACCGAUGAGGAGGAGACAAGUGUAUGUUUGGCCGCCAAAUGGAGAGGGAACAAGCCAUCAGCUUCUUGCUACAAGCUGAGCCUCUAGUGGGUGGAAAUUUAGGUGUCCUACCAAUAGUUGGUCCUCGACUUAUUGGGAAGAGCACUCUGGUG